AUGGCUGACUUUUGGAGGAUGGUGUGGGAGCAAAAUGUCAGGGUAAUCGUCAUGGUGACAGCUCUGAGAGACAAGGACAUAGUGCUGUGUGAUAGGUAUUGGCCUCUGGAACGACGGACAGUUCAUCAUGGACUGAUCCAAGUGACAACAGUGACCCGCACACAAGGUCCAGAUUAUUUUAUCACCACCAUUAACCUCAGACAGAGAUACUGUCCAACAGACAGGAUAAUCACACACUACUACUACCCCUCCUGGCCGGACCGGGGCAUCCCUAAAGACCCAUCCUCCCUGUGUGCUUUUACUGACCAUGUCCGGCAGCAUUUAGAAGCCAUUCCUCGCCUGGGGCCAGCUGUGGUGCACUGCAGUGCAGGUGUUGGGAGGUCAGGGACUUUUGUUACAUUGUUGUGGCUGAUGCAGCUGUGUGCCAGGGGCAUCAAGCCUGAUAUCCGCGCUGCUGUGGAAGAUCUACGGCUACAUCGAAUGUGGAUGGUCCAGAAUCUGGAGCAGUACAUAUUUGUACAUCAGUGUCUGCUACAAUGGCUCAGUGGAGGAACAGGAGGAACCUCAGCAUGCCCACAGAUUCAGGGAGCCAGUUCGAAUAUUAACCACCACGUUCAGGAUCGACCUCAUGGCUCCGGGGGAGACCGAACAGGGAGGAGGAGACGUCACCGUCACAGACAGAAACCUCCACCAGACCCACCGCAGAACACAAUACAGCAGAUUUUACACCCAGGGAACCUACUGAGGAGGUUACUGCCCUCCUCAUCUCCAUUUAAUCCAGGCUCACACUCCUCCUGAACUCACUUACUCUAAGUGAUAAUAGAGAGA